GCGUGCGCGCGCGCGCAUGCGCAGGCGGGGCGCCCGGCGUGCCCCGCGCGCGCCCCGCCCCCGCGAUGACGCCGUGCGUGCGCGCGCCCGGUCCGCGCCCCCGCCGGUUUUUAUAGCGGCCGCGGGCGGCUCCGGCGGCGGUUGGCGGCUGCGGGGCCGGCGAGGAGGAGACAUCAUGGCGGCUAAGCUGUUCGUGCUGUUGGGUUUGGCGCUGCUGGGCGCCCACGGAGCCUCCGGGGCUGCCGGCACAGUCUCCACUUCCGUAGAAAACAUUGGCUCGAAGACACUCCUCACCUGCUCCUUGAACGACAGCUCCACAGAGGUCACCGGGCACCGCUGGCUGAAAGGUGGCGCGGUGCUGAAGGAGGACACGCUGCCCGGCCAGAAAAUGGACUUCGAGGUGGACUCCGACGACCUCUCGGGAGAGUACUCCUGCGUCUUCCUCCCCGAGCCCACGGGCAGGGCCGACAUCCAGCUCGACGCCCUCCUGUCAGGCGCCCCCAGAGUGAAGGCUGUGAAGUCGUCAGAACACGUCAGCGAGGGGGAGACAGCCGUGCUGACCUGCAAGUCAGAGUCCCUGCCCCCCGUCACCAACUGGGUCUGGUACAAGAUAACUGACUCUGGGGACCAGGUCAUCGUGAACGGCUCCCAGGGCAGGUUCUUCGUGAGUUUCUCGCAGGGCCGGUCGGAGCUACGCAUCGAGAACCUGAACAUGGAGGCCGACCCCGGCAAGUACGCGUGCAAUGGCACCAGCUCCGAGGGCACCGACCAGGCCGUGGUCACCCUCCGCGUGCGCAGCCACCUGGCCGCCCUUUGGCCCUUCCUGGGCAUCGUGGCUGAGGUGCUGGUGCUGGUCACCAUCAUCUUCAUCUAUGAGAAGCGCCGGAAGCCCGAGGACGUCCUGGAUGAUGACGACGCGGGCUCUGCUCCCCUGAAGAGCACUGGGCAGCACCUGAACGACAAAGGCAAGAAAGUCCGACAGAGGAACUCCUCCUAGCCAGGUGGCCCGAGGACGCUCCCCGCCCCCGCGUCUGCGUCGCCGCUGGAGUCCACUCCCAGUGCUUGCAAGAUUCCAAGUUCUCGCCUCUUAAAGAAAACCCACCCCAUAGAUUCCCAUCAUACGCUUUCGUCUUUUUAAAAAAAGUAGGGUUUUCUUUCUGCAUUCAGGAUUCUGUUCCUUAGGUUUUUUCCUUUGUGAGUAUUUCUCGAGAGCUCGGGAGCUGCGGCGCCGCGGCCCGCCUGUGGCUUUCCGCCUCGGGGUCUGAGUCACGGCGGGGGGGCGGCGCAGCCUUCUCCACUGGCUGCGGAAGGUCACAGGUCACACGAGGGGCCCGCGUGCUGCCUGUCUGAAGCCAAUGCUGUCUGGUUGCGCCAUUUUUGCGCUUUUAUGUUUAAUUUUAUGAAGGCCACAGGUCUGUGUUUGACUCAGCCUCAGGGACGACUCCGACCUCUUGGCCACAGAGGACUCACCUGCGCACACUGAGGGCAACCCCGUCACGGCCUCAAGUCACCCCAAACCCCUUCCUUGCCUGUGCAUCCGGGGGCAGCUCUUUGGAGGGUUUGCUGGGGAACUGGCGCCGUCGCUGGGACUCCAGAACCGUGGACGCCCCUCCCCAGCUCGCCCCUCGAGGACAGCCCACUCUCCACAGCACCAGGACUCAGUGGGAGCCCCUGUCCCACCCACCGCCACAAUAAAGAUCGCCCCCACCCCACCCUCA